AUGCCAUUUGGAGGAAACGAAUUCAAAAACGAUAAUUUCUAUGGAUAUCGAGAAAUACUCAGCUUGAUAGUUGAGAAGUUCGGAGACGACGUGAUUCGGUUGUCAGAUUCUCCGAACGAUACUACAAAGGCUUAUAAGAUUGAAGGAUUUCAAGGACAAUUCGGGUUUAUCAGCUCGAUGUCGGAUCAUUUUUGUAAUACAUGCAAUCGGUUGAGAAUUACUGCCGACGGCAAUUUGAAACUUGCUCUAUUCCCUGGACCACCAAUGGGACUCGCCGGACCACCGGGAAUGCCACCAAUGAUGCCACGUCCACCGCAGCAAUUCCGUCCAAUGUGA